GCUCACCGAGGGGCGAAACUUUUAUCAGUUGCUCGAGCCUCCCCGUCGGCGGAACUUCAUAAACUUCGCAAGCUUCAACAAAUCCCACCAGUUCCUCCCACCAUCCUCGCGCCAUCUUUUAUGGUUAAACGACAAGGCCCGCGAUACAUUCGUGUUUCUUGCUGCUUCUCUGUGUUUGACCCUCAUCGUCUGUGCGCCAUUCCACCUGGGUGUUCAGCGCCAAUCUAGAUCCCCCCAACACAUCACGGUUCAGCUUACCGCCCGCCGCACAUACUCUCGACUCGACUAUCAUCACUCUACCGCAGCCCCCGCCGACAGUUCAGAGUGCGCGACCGGCCCAGCAGUCUACGCUACGCUGAACCUACAAUGUCUUUCUCUAGCCUUGUGCAGGACCUUGCCAUCCGCGACAGCGGCGUUGCUGCCCCUCGCCGUCCCCGAGCUGCACCUUCGGUUUCGACGAUAGAUGAUCGUGCCUCUCACGUGUCGCGGGCAAUGUCCUAUGCGAGCACUGCUGCGACCAGCGUUAGCAUUUCCGGCGAUAUCUCGAGCCAACUCCAUGGCGGCUACCACCAUCCUCUUGCUCGCUCAUGGCAAGCCGAGCGACAACUGACCAAGUCAAUGCUCAUCUACCCUAUCUUCAUUUCUGACGACGAAAACGACGAAUCACUCAUCCCAGCCCUGCCCGGUCAAAGGCGCUGGGGCCUGAACAAGCUUGUACCUUUCCUGGAGCCCCUGGUCCACAAGGGCCUCAAGUCAGUGGUUCUGUUUGGAGUACCUCUGAAACCAGGCACCAAGGAUGCUCUUGGCACUGCUGCCGAUGACCCGAAGGGUCCCGUCAUUCAGGGUAUCCGGCUGUUGAGGCAGAGGUUCCCCCAGUUGUUCAUUACUGUUGAUGUCUGUCUCUGUGAGUAUACUUCACACGGUCACUGUGGUAUUCUGCGCGACGAUGGGACAUUGAACAACCAGCUCUCGGUGGACCGCAUUUCCGAUGUCGCCCUGUCGUACGCUCAGGCUGGCGCCCACUGCGUUGCACCUUCAGACAUGAACGACGGUCGCAUUCGGGCUAUCAAGCUUAAACUCAUCGAAGAGGGCAUCGCACACAAGACUCUUCUCAUGUCAUACGCCGCUAAAUUCUCCGGUUGCCUCUACGGGCCCUUCCGUGAUGCCGCUGGUUCGGUACCUUCAUUCGGUGACCGUUGUGCCUAUCAACUACCUCCGGGUGGUCGUGGUUUAGCUCGACGCGCAAUUGUACGAGAUAUUGGAGAGGGUGCAGACAUCAUUAUGGUCAAGCCCGCCAGCCAGUACUUGGACAUCAUCAGUGACGCAAAAGAACUCGGCAGAGACCUCCCGGUUGCAGCUUACCACGUCAGUGGCGAAUUUGCUAUGGUGCAUGCCGCUGCAAAGGCAGGUGUUUUUGAUCUGAAGACGAUGGCAUUCGAAGUCACAGAAGGUAUUCUAAGAGCUGGCGCCACCAUCAUCAUCAGCUAUUUCACUCCUGAUUUCUUGGACUGGUUGGACAACUAAAGUCUUUUAUGGUAUAGAUAAAAUGCAUAUGCUUGAAAUUUCGAGCAAAGGAGUUCAGGUUGGCGGCAUGGAAGACAUUUGCUUUAAUCUCAGCGAGUUGAAGGACUGAGAUAUGACGAGUAUGAUCUACGUUGUAUAUUAGAGGAUACCAAAAUUCUCGAACCAUGUCCGGGUUUUGUUCUUUUUCCCUUGAUGUUAACCCAUCCCUUCUCUGCUGUGCGUGACGAUCAAGGGACACACACAACAGAGUGCGGAAAAUCGUAAACGGAUAUGUACUCUAUAUUCCAGCAUUUGCAUUGUGAUGUAGUACAAGAACAUAAUGGAGGUAUGGAACAGCUCAGCACAGACAUUCAGCUGGCAACUGUUGGCAGGCUUGGUUCGCUCCCAGAC